AUGUCGUCUGAAGUUGGAAACGAGCUGGGCUGGACGAGUGAAGCGCCGGAGACGAAGCGGGAUAAGAAGCGGCGGGAUUUAGUGGAGAAACUAAGCCGACAAACGGGGGAGACUUACGAGAAGCGUGACCUGAUAUUCCUCGAAACACACAACAGAUUGCUCGACGUGCACAACCACCUCCUAUCAACGACGCCGACGACAGCAUACGAUGCAACACGUGCACCCAGCACAGGAGCACCGAUGAUAUGCCGCGAACAGACACUCCGAUUGUACGAACUCAGUCUAGAGCGUGACGCGCAGCUUUCGGCAGUGAAGCACGCUCACGGAUACGCAAUGGACUCGGCUCGCUCCCUGUAUGAGAUAGAGCGGGCACGCGUACAGGAGGAAUACGACGUCGUACAGCGCUCUAUCAAAACUAGGCUGAGCGAGGCUAUUGAAGAAAAGAGGAGGAAACUUAAGGAGGAGAAGGACGCUGAUGUUGGCUCUGAUUCCCUCCUUGAUCCUUCCACUUUCUCGAGAUCUACGCGCACAAGUCGCAAUAGAAAAUCAGGUCAUGCAAGCACAAGUCAAGGUGGCACACCGACGCAAGCAGAUGGAAGUACUAGUGGUAGUGGAAACGUUAACGGGAAUGGAAAUACAAUGGAGAGCGAAUUGAAUGCUCCCCCCAGUAGCUAUUUAGGUGUGCCGUUUGAGGAUAUUCUAGGCACGUCAUCCAUCAGCAGCGUUUUGAACGGUAAAAAGAAGAAAAUGCCGGCAGGACCAGCAGGGAUGACGGGACCAUUUCUGGGACUUGGGAGGAGUAUAAAUGCAGGACUCACCGCAGCGAAGGAGGUGGAUGUUGAUACUGAUAUGAUGGAAAUUCGUAAGAAGAGGAGAAGGAAGUGA